CGCGCCUGCACCGGGACCAUGCACCCCGCGCGCCUGUGGCUCGGGCUCCUGCUGCCCGCGGCGGCCGCGCUGGACUUCCGAUACCACCACCAGGAAGGGAUGGAGGCGUAUCUGAAGAGUGUGGCCCAGAACUACAGUUCGUUCACGCAGUUACACAGCAUCGGCAAGUCCGUGAGAGGUAGAAACCUGUGGGUUCUCGUUGUGGGACGGUUUCCAAGGGAACACAAAGUUGGAAUUCCAGAAUUCAAAUACGUGGCAAACAUGCACGGAGAUGAGACUGUGGGGCGAGAGCUGCUGCUCCACCUGAUCGACUAUCUGGUCACCAAGCAUGGGAGAGACCCUGAAAUCACGAAUCUAAUCAACAGCACCCGGAUCCACAUCAUGCCUUCAAUGAACCCAGAUGGAUUUGAAGCUGUCAAGAAGCCUGACUGUUAUUACAGUAAUGGAAGGGAAAAUUUUAACCAGUAUGAUCUGAACAGAAAUUUCCCCGAUGCUUUUGAAUAUAAUAAUGUCUCCAGGCAGCCUGAGACUCUGGCAAUCAUGAAGUGGCUGAAAACAGAGACAUUUGUCCUCUCUGCAAACCUCCACGGUGGUGCCCUUGUAGCCAGUUACCCAUUUGAUAACGGUGCACAAGCAACUGGGGCAUUGUUCUCCCGAAGCUUAACUCCUGACGAUGAUGUUUUCCAACACCUUGCACACACCUAUGCUUCAAGAAAUCCCAACAUGACCAAAGGAGAUCAGUGUAAAAAUAAAAUGAACUUUCCUAAUGGAAUUACAAAUGGAUACUCUUGGUAUCCACUCCAAGGUGGAAUGCAAGAUUACAACUACAUCUGGGGCCAGUGUUUUGAAAUCACAUUGGAGCUAUCAUGCUGCAAAUAUCCUCGUGAGGAGAAGCUUCCGUACUUUUGGAAUGACAACAAAGCCUCCCUAAUUGAAUAUAUAAAACAGGCGCACCUAGGUAUAAAGGGUCAAGUUUUUGAUCAGAGUGGAAAUAGAUUACCCAAUGUAAUUGUGGAAGUCCAAGACAGGAAACAUAUCUGCCCAUUCAGAACCAAUAUAUUUGGAGAAUAUUAUCUACUUCUCCUGCCUGGGUCCUAUACAAUAAAUGUUACAGCCCCUGGACAUGACUCACAACUGACCAAGGUGGUCAUUCCAGAGAGAUCCCAGACCUUCGGUGCUCUGAAAAAGGAUUUUCAUCUUCCAUUCCAAGUGCAACUGGAUUCUCUCCAGCUAGUAAAUCCUUUGUGUCCAAUGGUCCCUCUAUACAAAACAAUACCAGGCCACUCACCUAUAACAAAGCCCAGCUUAUUCUUGUUUCUCGUGACUCUUUUGCACAUAUUUUUCAAAUAAAGUAAAAUGUGAAAAUCAACUCCAUCACCACCUGGAAUCAGGGAUUCGUCACAUCCAGGUUACUGCAACUCUCACACCCUCUUUAGAGCACAACUGGAUGAAGUCCUCCAUAAGAUGAGAAAUGCAUGUUUCCAAAGUGUAUGUUAACAGAUGCAGUGACAAUGAAAGGAAUGAGUGCUCAGUCGUGAUCAUGACUAGAACGUUACUACCUAUCAAGUUCUGCCCACAUUUACUUACUCGAAGGAAUUUUAGAAGUUUGUAAGAAACAAGAAGACAUUCCUGCAAGAAAAAGGGAGCUAAUUUUGUCUACAGAGCUACGUGAAUAUAAGUAACAAAGAUGAACAAUAACUAUAAUCACGUUCUAUAUACUUGCCACAAGUGCUGUUUUAUGUAAAGAAAAUACUAUAUUUAACUAGUUCUCCUUGAAGGAAGAAAUGAUCAUAGGGUGAGAAUAUUCAGGUUUUCUAAUGUUCACAAAGACGUGUUUGGAGAGAAAAACAAACGUCUCAGUGACCUAAGGAAAGAUGGCCCUGACGAGAUAAGGCUGUGUCUACAGAGCCCUGGGGCAGCAAUCUAGUACACCUCCCCCUCCCUGACUUUCUAACCUGGGUGCGAGUCCUGUUAGGAUGGGUCCUCUAAUGUGUAACUCCAGCCUCUUGCCUCAGCCUCAGAUACAUGCUCAGCUGCCCACUGGACACCUCCAUCUGGAUGUGACCUGUAUAGUCCUCACCUCAUCAAGCUGAAACCUGAGAAUGCCUUCCCCUAGAAGUGUUCUUCCUGAUGUAUUCUCAGUCACUGGUGCCAUCACACCAAAAGUACUCUUCAGUCUUUAGCUCACAUGUGCAGUCAGUCAGUGAAGAUCAUUAGUUUUAUUUAUUUUGCUAUCUCCUAUCUGACUAGUAUUUGACCUGCAUCGCUGAGACUUCUUUACUGGUCUCUUGUUCAGGGCUACUCUUUUCAAGUCCAUCUUCCACAUGGUGCUGGGGUAGGGAGCUACUUAAAAGUUAACAACCAGCUCCUUCUGUUCCUAAAACAUUAUUUGCAAUUCCAUGUCUUGAGUGCCAUUCAGAACUACAUCUUGUUUCCCAUUCAUUAAAACCCCACUCCAAGUAUUAGCUUCAACCAAGAAGAUUUUGCUGUCAUCCCCUGCAAUUCCAGGCAUUCUGAGGUUCGAGGCCAAUUCUUUCUACUUCCCAAAGCAAAUAUUGCCUCGAGUAUUGGAUCUACAACACUGUAGUAUAAUCUACUUCAUGCAGACCUUCUCUAGUACAGUAUAAGCUCUUUGACGCUGGGUCUACUUGUUUAAAAAAUUCAUUUAUAUAUCCUCAGAGCAUCCCAAGAGUAGCUGCUAAAGGGAAAAAAAGGGUGGCAGUUAGCAACCUGCCACUCUCAGACCUUUCCAGAAGCUGUAGAGUUCUGAGUCCUUUUAUGAAACUUGGUUUUGUUUGACAAUCUCUAGCCCAUUAACUAACACAAAAAGUGUCUUUGUGUAUGUACUAAAAAGAAAAAAAAAAAAAAAAGACCAAACAUGGGGCUGGAAAGAUUGUUUAGUGGUUAAGGCACUUGCCUGCAAAGC